UGUCGCUAUUUGAUGACAUUAAAGGAAGCGUCGAAGUUGAUAACGCAUGAAAACAAAUGCUAACACUUUAACCAUAAAUAUUUAUAUUUAAUCUCUUUAUGGACUCAAAAUAACUAUGGGACGCGAGUCAAGGCAUUACAGGAAACGGUCGGCAUCAAGGGGUCGGUCCGGGAGUCGAUCAAAGAGUCGUUCCCCGGACAAGCGCUCCAAGAAGGAUGACGGAGCUGCCUCACGAAACCGAGACCGGGACCGCAACAGGCGGGGAGAGAGGUCACGCAGCCGUGACCGUCGCCGAUCACGGUCCAGAGAUAGGAAACGCCCAAGACGCUCUAGGAGUCGUGAGAAGAGGCGGUCCAGGAGCCGUGACCGGAACAGAAGAUCAAGCAGUAGAAACAGAGGGCGUAGAUCACGUUCAGCAAGCCCCAGCAAAAGCAGGAAAACUGAUGAAAAGUCUAAAAGCAAGGAAAAAGAAAACCCUGAAGCCUCUGCAGAGAAGAAGAAAAUUAAAGAUGAGAAAGAGGAGGAGAAGGUUGAAGAUCAAGACUUUGACCAGAACAAGCUGGAGGAGGAGAUGAGGAAGAGGAAGGAGCGAGUGGAGAAGUGGCGAGAGGACCAGAGGAAGAAGGCUUUAGGGAACAUUGAGGAGAUCAAGAGGGAGAUAGAGGAGAUGAAGCAGGGAAAGAAGUGGAGUCUGGAGGAUGAUGACGACGACGAGGAGGAAGGCUCAGCUCCCGUGGAUGAGCUGGAAGACGGAGAGGAGGGUAAGGGACCAGAGGAGAAGGAGGUGAAGGAAGAGAAGAAAGAGGAGGAAGAGGAGGAGGCAACCCCCAUGGAGCAGGAGGCAGAGGAUGAACUGGACACCUUGGACGCCUACAUGGAGGAGGUCAAGGAGGAGGUCAAGAAGUUCAACAUGGGCCCGCAGUCUAAAGGGAACGACAAGAAAGGAGGGGUAAAUGUAUCGAAAGUGGUGACUGUUUGCAAAACAAAGCGAGGACUGAAUGUUCACAAAAAGAAGGGCGAGCUGAUGGAGAAUGACCAGGACGCGAUGGAGUACUCAUCGGAGGAAGAGGAGGUGGACCUGGCGACCGCUUUGACCGGCUACCAGACCAAACAAAGGAAGGUCCUGGAGCCCGUGGACCACCAGAAAAUUGAAUAUGAGCCGUAUCGCAAGGACUUCUACGUGGAGGUCCCAGAGCUGGCCAAGAUGUCUCCAGAGGAGGUAAAUGUCCUCCGGCUUGACCUGGAGGGAAUCGCAGUGAAAGGGAAAGGCUGUCCCAAGCCCAUCAAGUCCUGGGUGCAGUGUGGAACCUCCAUGAAGAUCCUAAGCGCCCUCAAGCGACACAGCUAUGAGAAGCCCACCCCGAUCCAAGCCCAAGCCAUCCCGGCCAUCAUGUCCGGGAGAGACCUCAUCGGCAUCGCUAAAACUGGCAGCGGGAAGACCAUCGCCUUCCUCCUCCCCAUGUACCGACACAUUAUGGACCAGAGGCCCCUGGAGGAGGGAGAAGGACCCAUCGCCGUGAUCAUGACUCCAACUAGAGAGCUGGCCCUGCAGAUCACCAAGGAGUGCAAGAAGUUCUCCAAGCCCCUGAACCUGAGGGUGGUGUGUGUCUAUGGAGGCACUGGGAUCAGUGAACAGAUUGCUGAGCUGAAGCGGGGCGCAGAGAUCAUCGUGUGUACGCCAGGACGUAUGAUUGACAUGCUAGGCGCCAACAGCGGUCGAGUCACAAACCUGCGCCGAGUCACGUAUGUGGUGGUCGAUGAAGCGGAUAGAAUGUUUGACAUGGGCUUUGAGCCACAGGUGAUGCGCAUCAUGGAUAACGUGCGCCCUGACAGACAAACAGUCAUGUUCUCCGCCACAUUCCCGCGGGCCAUGGAGGCGCUGGCGCGGAGGAUCCUCUCCAAGCCCGUGGAGGUGCAGGUGGGAGGCAGGAGCGUGGUGUGUUCCGACGUGGAGCAGCAUGUGAUGGUGAUCGAGGAGGACCAGAAGUUCCUGAAGCUCCUGGAGAUCCUGGGCCACUACCAGGAGAAGGGAUCGGUCAUCAUUUUCGUGGACAAACAGGAGCAUGCCGACGGUCUGCUGAAAGACCUGAUGAAGGCCUCCUACCCCUGCAUGUCUCUGCACGGAGGGAUCGACCAGUACGACAGGGACAGCAUCAUCAAUGACUUCAAGAACGGGGCGUGCCGGCUGAUGGUGGCCACCUCGGUGGCGGCACGUGGCCUGGAUAUCAAGCAGCUCAUUCUGGUCGUCAACUACAACUGCCCCAACCACUACGAGGACUACGUCCACCGGGCCGGACGCACUGGCAGAGCCGGCAACAAGGGCUUUGCCUACACCUUCAUCACAGAGGAGCAGGCACGCUAUGCCGGGGACAUCAUCAAGGCCCUGGAGCUCUCUGGGUCUCCUGUGCCCUCUGAGCUGGAGCAGCUGUGGCUCUCCUUCAAGAACCAGCGGCAAGCGGAGGGUAAAAGUAUCAAAAGCAGCAGCGGGUUCUCCGGCAAGGGCUUCAAGUUCGACGAGACUGAGCACGCCCUGGCCAACGAGAGGAAGAAGCUCCAGAAGGCUGCUCUGGGUCUGCAGGACUCUGACGACGAGGACGGAGCGCUGGACAUUGACGAGCAGAUCGAGAGCAUGUUCAACUCCAAGAAGAGGGUGAAGGAUCUGUCGGCGCCAGGGGGCGGAGGUGGGCCGGCCAGUGCUGUCUCCGUGGCAGCUGCGGCGGCGGGCGGCCUAGCCAACCUGGGUGCCCCCUCUGCCGGAAACAUCCAGAAACUGGAGAUGGCCAAGAGACUGGCUCUGCGGAUCAACGCCCAGAAGAACCUUGGGGCCGAAGCUCAGGAUGUGAUGCAGCAAGCCACCAACGCCAUCCUCAGGGGGGGCACCAUCAUGGCUCCCUCCGUAUCGGCCAAGACCAUUGCCGAGCAGCUGGCCGAGAAGAUCAACGCCAAGCUCAACUACAUCCCCGUGGAGAAGCUGGAGGAGGAGAGGCAAGCAGCCGAGCAGGCCGAGACCGUUAAGAGAUACGAAGAGGAGCUGGAGAUCAACGACUUCCCUCAGACUGCGAGGUGGAAGGUUACAUCCAAGGAGGCCCUCCAGCGGAUCGGAGAGUACUCUGAAGCAGCCAUCACCAUCCGAGGAACAUACUUCCCUCCCGGCAAAGAGCCGAAAGAGGGAGAACGUAAAAUCUACCUGGCCAUUGAGAGUGCCAAUGAGCUGGCUGUUACGAAGGCUAAGGCCGAGAUCACGCGACUCAUCAAGGAGGAGCUCAUCAGAUUACAAAACUCCUAUCAACCCACCAGCAAAGGACGAUACAAGGUUUUGUAGAAAGGAUGAGUUGGGGCUUGGAGGUGAUGAAACUGUUCUCCAAGGUUUCAUAUUUGUUUCACUGUGUUUUAGUAUAUAUUUUAAUGUUAGAACCCCCCCCCCCCCCAACCGCCAGUAGUAAUUUGUUGUCGUCAAUUCCUUUCUCUUUAAAUAGAGCAAGUUUCUCCUUUGUAUAUUCAGUUGUGAUUUGGUUAUGAUUUUCAGGUCACAUGAUGCAAUGUAUCAGAGUUCCAUUCUGUAAUUACAAACCAGAAUCCACAAUGUUGAUUGGCUUAAGUCUGUGACAUCACAAAUUGGUUACUAAUGCGUUUUAAUAAUAGCAAUAAGGCAUCUUGGUUGUUUAUGGUAUAUUGCUAAUAUACCAUUGCUAAGUGCUGUAUCCAGGCACUCCAUGAUGUGUAGUGCCUAAGCACUGCUCUCAGUGUGGUAUAUUAGCCAUAUACCACACCCCCUUGUGCCUUAUAGCUUGAAUAUACUGCAGGCUCUCUACCACCAUGGCUCAAAUGUUAUCUUAUCUUUGGCCUUAAAUGUCAAGCAAAUGAAGUUGUUAGAUUCUGUGUUAAGUAACAUCUUUGGACACUUCACUGGUAAUGGUCUGAACAAGUAUGUCGUUUUUUAUGAACAGCUCUAAAAGGAUGUAACAUGUUUUUACUUUCCCUUCAUUAUAAAACAAUGUGUUAAUAAAGAAAAAUAUCGGAAUGCUG